AUGCUCAUGCGCUUUCACUUUGGUCUUGGAGUGGGUCAUGCAUACUCUCACCAUCGCCUGACGCAGCCGGAGCUUCACCCAGAAGGCAGUACAGCGCAUGCAGCUUUUACCCAUGAUGUUGAAGACCCUGGGGAAAUAGAUGGAGUUGGGGGCGAAGAGGACAGUGAAGAUGACGAUGAAGAUGACGGUACUGAGAGCGGAUCAGAUAUCGAGCAGAGGUUCGGUUCCAGCGACGAAUCAUUAUUAGAUCAGUUCGAUGAGAUACGAUAUGGCAUCGCCAACUUUCAAUUCGGUAGCCUCACUCUCUUACAGAAGCCAUUCUGUUUUGUAGGAUAUCUAGCGGUUGGGUCUCGACCAAUCCUCUACGCACUGUAUUGUUCAGCCAUCCGCCUUGAGGCUCUUAAGUUGCAUGUCGAAGUCAUAGCGUAUGUGUUGCCGCUUACUCCUCACAAUUCCAUAUGGGAAUCGUGCGUGGAGGUACCUAUAUUCGUCGCCAAGGCGCACAAUGCACCCGACGCCCCACCCGUGAACUUGGACUUGAACGCCAUCUGGUCAAGGCCGAGUAACGACGGUGUCCUUCUACAUGUGUAUGCAUGGGGCAAUGGCCAUAAUACAAUUAUCGUCGAUGCUAUAUUUCCGUCUGGGCACGACCACGAGGCUUAUCCCGAGUUUGACGAUGCUGUUCUUGCAGAACUGUCGGAGCUGCUGGGUUCGCUCCAUGAAGGUUCAGUUGUGCCAGACACUUCCCUGGCCUCGUCAGCUAUGCCAGACUCCUCCCUGGCCUCAUCAGUUGUGCCAGACUCCCGCGGGCUAUCCUCUAUCGCACACAGUCACAAUGAUGACCAACCAAACAAUACACCCACCCGCAGCGACUCAGAAAGCUUGAAUGAUAUCCAGCUCAAGUAUCCGCAAUGGCAAACCGUUCUGGUCCGCUUGCGGAUUCUCAUGAGGCUCGAUAUUUGCUGCGGGGCAUGUGGGAACCCGUUCUUGCUCACCCAUAUAUCAGGUGCUGAACAUAAAGCUCGUUUCGUCGCCAAUCUCUUCGAACGAAGCCUGGCUGAACUCCGAUUGACUCGCGCAGAGCUGUGCUCCAUCAGGGCGACUGAUGGGUCCGAAGUGACGGUAGAAGAUAUUUUGGUAUUGGCCGCUAAAUGGGUGUCGGCAUUACUUUCUGACACCAAACGAUUGGCAAAAAUUGCGAUCUUAGACCCCCGACCGCCCCUGGGCUUUAGCAUCAUAGACCUCCCACUGGAAAUACUCAUUGAGAGAUGUGUAGUCCUGCUACACCGAUUCCUGCUUCCAAAUUCGGGUCGCCUGCCAAUUGCGGACAAUGGCCUUGCAUGGUUUCUCAUGAAGGAGAUUGCGAAAUCACUCGUAUAUCAUCUCGUGUUCUGGCGCAGCGUAUCAGCCACAGUCCCAGUAGUUUUGGCUGAUAUUGCACCGGGGAUCUUCAGGAAUGCCCCACAUCCACCCAUGGAGACGUUAGCAUUUGUGGGGGCCUCCUGUUAUGGCUCUAUCCUCCAACGGCUGGGGGAGAUUUUGAAGGCGAUGUCAAAAGCGGGGAAGUCCACAACCGUCAACGUAUCGCAAUAUCCGCCAGUCAGCCAGGUCUAUGAUGAACUUCUUCAAACGGUUGUCCUCUUAUUUGCACAGAAGGACGACCCAGGAUACCCGGCAUUUGUGAACCGCAUGGCACAGUUGUGCAACAUUACCACAGUCCCCACAUGUCCAAGUCAGAUCAAGGAACAUAGUGCGCGCUAUAUGCAUCAAAGCCCACCGUAUUAUAUCAAGUCGCUCACGAACACUACAGGCUUUUUCUCACUUCCAAACAAGGAAUUACCGCUACAAUUGCACAGCCACCGCUACUCAAGGCUAUUCAAUGAUUCAUCGCUUGGAGACCGCUGUCGCAAGCCUUCUUGUAUUAAUUCUGCGUUGCCUCAUAUCCCCACCACUCCCUCAACAAAGCACAUUCUUGAGAUCGAACACGCGGAGAAUGCGCUCAAAUCUUGGCUUCGCAAACGGGGACGCGAAAUUCUUCCAGACUCCCUCUUCGUCACAAUUUCCGUGCUGUUUGCAUGGGUCGAUCCCCUUGACCUCAUAGCUGUCAUACAAGUGAGCCUCAGAGUGGUUGCAAUGGAAAAGCUCUUCCAGCAACCAGAGCUCACUUGCAUCUCAUUCCUCCUACAAGGAGGGCGAUGCUACAUGGAGGAGAGGAUGUAUCGCGCUCAGAUGGAAGUUACUUUAUUCAGUAAAGCUAUUGCAAACUUGUGCGAAGAGUUUGGCAUCAGGUGUCGCCCAUCUCUAGUACCCCUGCCAGAGCAGCACACUGGGUAUAUAAGUGCGUGCCAAAUGCCGCCUCCCCCGGACGAAUUUGAGGGCUUUCAGCUUCCAACUGCUGCACAUGUCAAAUGCCAGAAAUGGCUUUCCAUGUCAUCAGAAUUCAUAGUAGAUUUCCCGCAAAUUCAAGAAGUCCCUCAGCUUUACGAAAACCUCUUAAGGCUCAAUGGUCAAUUCCUUUCCCUUCCUUUCUUGAUGAAGUCUUGGGUCGGUAGUGUCACAUAUCGCGCCUACAUCAGCGCAUUCUGUGCCGACUGUGCCGACACCAAACUCCUAGGCAUUAACAUCGACAAUAGCCCUAAAUCAGAGAAGGAGAAACCCCUGGACGUUCUGAAGUCCGAUCUUCAUAUUCUAGAGCUGAAGAAACAUCGUGCACAGGCCGAAGUGGAGAUGUUUUCAGAAGCUAUAGCACGCACUGCGGGGCCUCGGUCUGAGGAUGGUCAUCUGUACUACCCCUACCGCCGUUUUUAUUGUUUCGAUUACCGAUUAUGGGAUUCUCGCGUUAAGGGGCAAAACAUUGGACCCGCUAGUAUUCAAGACGACCCCGCCACAUCCUCUCCAACAAUGCGUAAGUGCCAACGCACGGACCUCAAUUUGGUAAAUCCAGUCGUUGCGGAUCCUCAACAACCUCACCAACAUCUCCCUCAACCAGUACAACAAACCGGCGUACCAGAAGAUGGUUUCAUUCAUGAUCAGGAUGCCGCAGAGAGUGGUGGAGACGACGAUGAGGAGGAGGAGAAACCAAAGUCGGACAAGAAGGGAGGAAGGCGAAAGAUUAAGAUCGAAAAUGAGACGUCACAUAACAUUCUCUAA